AUGAGCUCGGACUUGGAGAAAUCCAAGAACAAAAGGGCCAUGGCGGCCGUUCCGGAGGAAGUCCUGGCGAAGAAGAGGAAUCUGGGGAGGGAGGAAGGGCAGGAAGAAGAAGAGAAAAAGGACUCGCCUGCUCUACUUCCCAUGCCCAGAGGGAGCCGUGGCUGCUUCAUCGAUCCCAGGUGGCUCACCGCCAAGAUUGCAAAGGAUAAAAUGGAUGCCGCAAAAUUAGGUCUGAUUGGUUCCUCUCCCCAUCCUCCGAAUCAAUCAAUUAAUCACCAAUUGUGUGUGAUCGAUGCACAUCAUGUUCUUGUAGCAGCUCCCAUUCCCCCGGUGAAGAUUCCUACGCUUGAGCACUUUAAACCCCCGCCCAGGUUUCACACACGGGCGCUUCUCCCCUUGCGUGAAUCUGGAAGCAAGGCGGCGCUCUCCGCUGCUAAAUCUCUUGUUGGGAUUUCAUCAUCUCUUGAUAUAGGUAGCAAGCCUCUAAAGCGGUGCUCUGGUUUAUUGAUUGAUUGGGACGAGGAGAGCAAAACCUGCGUUGUUUUGACAACUGCACAUCUGAUUCGCACAAAGGAUUCUCCUGUCAAUGUCUGGUUUGGCGGAGAAGAGUAUACUUCCAAUGCUGAUGUCACUGUUCAUUUACUAGAUGGCACUAGUGAAAAGGGACAGCUGCUGUACUACCAGCCACACUAUGAUCUUGCUUUUGUGCGGGUUAAAGUGGACCAGCCUAUCCAGUUGCCGUCUUUCAGUGAAGAAGUGACAUUUGCUGAAGAAGUUCUUCGGCUAGGACGAGACAAUAUGUUAGAUCUACGGAUAACUUAUGGUAGAGCUGCAUAUCAGAAUCCAGAUAUUGAUGAGCGGUAUCAUUACAUGUACUUUGAUUGUGCAGAUGAUGAUAACGACGAUGACGAGUAUGACAGCGGAGGGCUAGUCAUUAGCUUGGAUGGAAAAAUUGUUGGAAUGUUCAACAUUAGCUCGAGGGGGUCUUUCAUACCUUCUUCUAUUUUGCUCAGUUGUGUGGAUUUGUGGAAGAAAUAUGGGCGCAUCCCCCGGCCCCAACUUGGAAUGACGUUUGAGGCCAUCAAGCUUCUAGAGCCUGCUCAUGUUGACAAGAUAUGGCGCAUGUGCCACAUUGAUGAUGGUCUUGUUGUUCAAGAGGUCUUGAAAGGAUCUCCUGCUGAUAAAUUUGGAAUCGAAAGAGGUGAUAUUGUUGAGUGUUUCAAUGGAGAAUCCAUUUCUAAUACUGUUGAGUUGGAGAAUAGGUUGAUGAACACAUGCAAGGGCCUUUCAGACAAUUAUAAUGACCUUAUUGAAGUUCAUGUUUCUGUUGGGGUGUUUCACACGCUUAAAAAACAGCGAAGGAUUGGAGAGUUGACUGUAAGUGUAUCCGAUCUUGGAGAAGUUAUUGCAAGAGGUUUGCCAACCCAUAGGAUUCUGGGCAUGAAUUUUGUGUUGUGUGACAUGUUGCAAAGAACGUGGAUUAAAUCCUACUGUCUCAUGAACUCGCUGCCAGAAAAGGGAUGCCAGGCUACUAGAUGUUUCUGUGCUGGGCGUACUGUGUUGGAUACUUGA